GAGUUUGAGAAGUAGGCCGAUAGCAAAGCAUAGACAAAUUCACGUGCUAUAUAACAGACUUUGUCCAUUCUUUUAUCCAAAGGCAAAAAGUCUCUGAGCUAAGAAAACAUGUUUACCAUAAAAGGGUCAGUUGAAUCCGAUGCUGUGAGAUCUAUUCCUUCUAACUACAUUUGCCCCAAAACUCCAGACGAUUCCAUAAUCUAUGAAACACAGAAUGUUCCAAUCAUUGACUUUUCCCUCCUCAUCUCCUCCAAUCCCAAUGAGCGUUCCAAGGCAAUCCAACAACUUGGUGAUGCCUGUCGUGACUGGGGUUUCUUCAUGCUAAUCAAUCAUGGAGUGUCGGAGAAACUGAGGGGUGAGGUGCUUAGAUCAACCAAGAGCUUUUUCGAUCUGACUGAGGAAGAAAAACGGGAGUUCUCAGGUGAGAAUUUAUUCGAUCCAAUACGAUGUGGGACAAGCUUCAAUGUCAUGGUGGACAAGACCCUGUUUUGGAGAGAUUAUCUCAAGUGUCAUGUUCACCCUCACUUCCAUGCUCCUUCCAAGCCCCUUGGUUUUAGUGAAACUUUGGAGGAAUACAUCACAAAGAGCAGGGAGGUGACUGGAGUUUUGCUAAAAGGAAUAUCACUAAGCUUGGGCCUUGAAGAAAACUACAUACAUAAAAGGAUGAAUUUAGAGUCAGGGGCUCACCAGUUGCUGGUAAUCAACUUUUACCCACCAUGUCCUAAGCCUGAAGAUGUAAUGGGGCUACCUCCGCACACAGAUCAUGGGCUUUUGACCCUCCUGAUGCAAAAUGAUCUUGGUGGGCUUCAAAUUCAACAUAAUGAUAAGUGGAUUCCUAUCCAACCUUUACCCAAUUCCUUUCUCAUCAAUACUGGGGAUCAUUUGGAGAUACUCACCAAUGGGAAAUACAAGAGUGUUGUUCAUCGUGCUGUGGUAAAUGAAAAAGCUGCUAGAAUUUCUGUUGGUACAGCACACGGGCCACCAAUUGACUCCAUUGUUAGUCCUGCACCGGAGUUGGUUCAAGAGGAUCAUCCCCCUGCAUAUCGUGGCAUUACAUACAGAGAUUAUUUGAUGCUUCAGCAAAGCCAGGAACUGAAUAAGAAAUCUUGCUUGGAUCGAAUUCGAAUUUGAAUAAAACAGUGUUAUCCUUGAGACAUUAUUCAAGUAGUAUUAAUAUCUUUCUUGCAUAUGAAUCAUGCAAGCUAAGUGUAUUUUAUAAUUUGGUUUUAAAUUUGGAAUUGAAGAAUGUAAUUUAGACAUCUAUGGUUGAAAAAGCGAGCUCAAAGGUUGUUCUAAUUCAUUCAGCAUAUGCAUGCUGCUAUUGAUGAAUGAAUUAUGAUUUCAUGAAAUGACAUGUUUUCACUUGUUUGUUUUA